AUGGGCAGCGCUAGCCCAGGCCUGAGCAGCGUGCCCCCCAGCCGCCUCCUGCUGCCUCCCGACACUGUGUUGCGGACAGGCCUGGAGAAGGUGGCAGCAGGGACGGUGUGUCCUGACAGACGGGACUGGAGCCCCAGCCCACCUGCCACACCCGAGCAGGGCCUGUCUGCCUUUUACCUCUCCUACUUUGACAUGCUGUACCCUGAGGACAGUAGCUGGACAGCCAAGGGCCCUGGGGCCAGCACUCGGGAGGAGCCGCCUGAGGAGCCUGAGCAGUGCCCAGUCAUCGACAGCCAAGCUCCAGGGGGCAGCCUGGAGCUGGUGCCAGGUGGGCUGAGCCUGGAGGAGCACUCACUGGAGCAGGUGCAGUCCAUGGUGGUGGGUGAAGUGCUCAAGGACAUCGAGACAGCCUGCAAGUUGCUCAACAUCACUGCAGACCCUGUGGACUGGAGCCCUGGCAACGUGCAGAAGUGGCUCCUGUGGACAGAGCACCAGUACCGGCUGCCCCCUGUGGGCAAAGCCUUCCAGGAGCUGGGGGGCAAGGAGCUGUGCGCCAUGUCGGAGGAGCAGUUCCGCCAGCGCUCUCCCCUGGGCGGGGACGUGCUGCACGCCCACCUGGACAUCUGGAAGUCAGCUGCCUGGAUGAAGGAGAGGACCUCAUCUGGGGCCAUUCACUUCCGUGCCUCGACCAGUGAGGAGAGCUGGACCGACAGCGAGGUGGACUCGUCCUGCUCCGGGCAGCCCAUCCACCUGUGGCAGUUCCUCAAGGAGCUGUUGCUCAAGCCCCACAGCUACGGCCGCUUCAUCCGGUGGCUCAACAAGGAGAAAGGCAUCUUCAAAAUUGAGGACUCUGCCCAGGUGGCCCGGCUGUGGGGCAUCCGCAAGAACCGUCCCGCCAUGAACUACGACAAGCUGAGCCGCUCCAUCCGCCAGUAUUACAAGAAGGGCAUCAUCCGGAAGCCGGACAUCUCCCAGCGCCUUGUCUACCAGUUCGUGCACCCCAUUUGA